GUAACAUUGUAUACAAACAAAAGCACGUGGAGAACUAGGAAAACAAUAUGUUGACGCAGAUUUUUACAUUAGCUACAGUUAUUGCUGUCGUCUACGGGCAUGGCAGACUUAUAUCCCCUCCAGGAAGAUCCACAACGUGGCGCUAUGGGUACAACACACCUAAAAAUUACAAUGAUAACCAGUUAUCUUGUGGAGGAUUCUAUAAACAAUGGACACUAAAUGGAGGAAAAUGUGGAGUAUGUGGUGACCCAUGGAACGGGGCUCGUGAGAACGAGGCUGGAGGAAAAUAUGCAACAGGCACCAUUGUUAGUCAAUAUAAGACAGGACAAAAGAUUCAGGUAAAAGUUCAGAUCACUGCUACUCAUCGUGGAUAUUUUGAGUUCCGUCUUUGUCCGGUUAACAAUCCACGUCAGCCAGCCACCCAAGCCUGUCUAGAUAAAAAUGUGCUAAAGCAACCAAAUGGACAGUCUAAAUUUUAUGAACCAGGAGCAAUCGGUACAUAUACAGUUGAUCUUAUUCUACCACAAGGUUUAACCUGUACGCAGUGUGUGUUACAGUGGAAAUGGAAUACUGGAAACUCAUACAACUGUGAUAACAACCAUAAAUGUUGUAUUGGUUGUGGGCAACAAGAACAGUUUCAUGGUUGUGCAGAUAUAGCUAUUUCUUCGUCAGGGACAAGUCAGUUUUCUAAUACUGGUGUUCAACAAGGACGCCCAGUCGGGUUUUUACCCAUUUCAGAACACAAUGUUAGAACAUGCCAGGCAACACCACUGUUCAAAAGUCGUUAUCGAUACGCCGAUCAAUAUUGUGUAUCACAAUGCAACCAGAACAAAUGUCCACCCAGCAUAUACUGCACCGAUGCUUGUAGAUCUCACUAAAACUCUUUUUACAAAAUCUAUACUCAUUUUACUCACAUUUUAUUUUGAUACAAAAUAAUUUUUUUAUCAGUGUAUAUAUUUAUAUACAUAUAUUUA